AUGGGGGCGAUUUACAUGGACCUCAAGGAGCUACGCAAAACUAAUCCUUCCAAGGCCAUCAAUUUUGUCAAAAAACAACGCCGCAAACGCAAUAAACAUAUCGAAAAACCUGAUGCCAAAUCAGUGUUGCGCGAUGAACUAGACAAAUACUAUGAUAAGCACUUGAAAUUAUGGAAGGAGGCACCGGAAAUCGAAAUAGAAUAUGUACCAGAAGAUAUUAAAGAAAUAGUAAAUAACGCUGAACUUCUUUCAGUGUUUGAAAAUUUCCAUGAAUUGGAGAAGUCUCAGUACGAACAAUCGGUGCCGAAAGAUGAAGUCAAUGACAUUGACAUUGAUGAGGGAGAUGAUGGUUCGGAUGUGUCUGAAGACGAUUCUAUGACACAAAAACAGAUACGCCGUAUGAAAAGACCUACGCUUUGCACCUUAAAACAGGAAGCAGGAAAAGCUGAAGUUGUUGAAUUUUGGGAUACAACGGCUUCAGAUCCCAUUUUCUUGGUGUGGAUAAAGGGGCUGAAGAAUACUGUCCCUGUACCUGCCCAUUGGAAAGAGAAGAAGAGGUACAUGCAGGGGGUAAAAUCGUUUGAGAAACCGCCGUACAAAUUACCAGAGUACAUUGAGGCCACUAAGAUAUCGGAGAUAAGACGCAGCAUACAACUAAAGGAGGCUAAUAUGACACUCAAGCAAAAACAGCGGGAAAAGGUCCGCCCCAAAUUACAUCGCAUGGACAUAAAUUACCAAGUGCUGCAUGAUGCAUUUUUCAAGUAUUCAACAAAGCCUUUUAUGACAAAAUAUGGUGACAUGUAUUAUGAGGGCAAAGAGAUGGAAAUCAAUAUGCGCAAGUUUAAACCUGGUACCAUAUCCACGCGGCUAAAACAAGCAUUGGCAAUGGUUGAGAAUUCUCCACCGCCCUGGUUCGCCAAUAUGCAAAGAUACGGCCUACCUCCUUCUUACCCUGGGUUAAGAAUCCCUGGGCUAAACGCACCAAUUCUCAAGGAUAGUGAAAAUUCAGGUGUUGGUAUUAGAACCAGGACAGAUGAGGAGGGGAAUGUCAUUUACAAUUGUAUAGAGGAAGAUGCAUUUGGGUACCUAAUGCAGUGCAAAUAUUGGGGAGAUAUUGUGGAUGAAGACGAUUACCAACAGUCCGAAGAGGAUUAUCAUGAACCGGAGGAGCCAAUAGAUGCAGGAGACGAUGGUACUGAAUCUACCCUCCCAGGGUUCGUCACACCGAACGUUGUACCAUCCCAGCCCUUAUUGACAGGCCUAGACAGCGUGCCUAACCCUAUCGAUUCUACUGGUCCAAUACUUAGUGCCCCAGUAUCUCAGAAACCUUUCGUAGUAUUGGAGCAGAAAGUUGCUGAAGGAUCCAACGAUUUAUUUGCCUCAAAAAUGGUAUACAAAAUGCCACCAAAAUCUAUCGACGAGCUGUCUACGAAUUCCCAACCCAUACCAUCAGGGGUGAUCCAAUCAAUGAACAUGCCGGAUAUAGAUACAGAUCAGACCAUGUCUUAUAGUGCCAUACAGGACCAAUUAGUGUUCCAUGAGCAGAGGGGCAAUCAGGUCCUUAAAGCUGCUGGAUUGGAAGUUCAGCAGAAGAAGCCUACAGAGGAAGUUAAGAAGAAGAAGAAGUUUAAGUUUUGA